AUGUUUUCAGGUCGUGGCAACAACGUCCGGGAUGUUGAUGCGCUAGCGCAGGACAUUGGGCAGCUGAGCUUUGAGGGCGAGAUGGAGAACCGGCGCCACAUAGUGAUCGACCCUCCGCACACGCCGUCGCGCUACCUGCAGAGGACACCGAACGGCAAGUCGCCGGCGGGGCGGCAGGGGGGCUACCUGACGGUGGAGAACGCGGACUACUCGGGGAUGGACGUGGACGAGCGGCCGCGCGACGACAUCGAUCUGAGUCGGUCGCCGAAGAAGCUGCCGAUGGACUUCCACAAACGGGCGUCGUCGACUAAGACGAAGCGGCUGGUGAGCGUGUGCCAGAUGUUCUUCCUGGACUACUACUGCGACAUGUUUGACUACGUGAUCAGCCGGCGCGAGCGCACGCGGCAGGUGAUGAACUACCUGGAGCAGCAGCGGGCGCAGGGGCUGCACUCGGCGCAGGAGAUCAGCGAGGAGUGGCAAAACUACCUGUACCGGGAGACGGACAUCCUGCGCAAGCGGCGGCUGAAGCCGAAGAACAAGGACUUCGAGAUCAUCACGCAGGUGGGGCAGGGCGGCUACGGGCAGGUGUACUUGGCGCGGAAGAAAGACACCAAGGAGAUCUGUGCGCUAAAAAUCCUGAACAAAAACCUGCUUGCAAAGCUGAACGGGACGGACCAUGUGCUGACCGAGCGCGACAUCCUGACCACGACGCGGUCGGAGUGGCUGGUCAAGCUGCUGUAUGCAUUCCAGGACCCGCACAGUCUCUAUCUGGCGAUGGAGUUUGUGCCGGGCGGCGACUACCGGACCCUGUUGAUCAAUACCCGUUUUCUGCAGGCGCCCCAUGCACGCUUCUACAUCAGCGAGAUGUUCUGCGCGGUGGACGCGCUGCACAAGCUUGGCUACACGCAUCGGGACCUGAAGCCGGAGAACUUCCUGAUCGACUCCAAGGGCCACAUCAAGCUGACCGACUUCGGGUUGGCCUCGGGAACGGUUUCCAUGGAGCGCAUUGAGAGUAUGCGCAUUCGGCUGGAAGAAGUGAAGAACCUCGAGUUCCCGGAGUUCAAGGAGACCUCUAUGGAUUACAGGCGCAAGAUGUAUCACCGUGUGCGGGAGAAGGAGCUGAACUACGCGUCCUCGACUGUGGGCUCGCCGGACUACAUGGCUUUGGAGGUCUUGGAGGCGAAGAACUACGACUUCACCGUGGACUACUGGUCGCUUGGCUGCAUACUGUUUGAAAGCUUGGUGGGAUACACGCCCUUUAGCGGCAGUUCCAGCAACGAAACGUACGAAAACCUAAGGCGUUGGAAACAAGUCCUGAGGCGCCCGCGCUGCGAAAACGGAAGACCCGCAUUUUCGGAUCGUACGUGGGAGCUUAUCACCAGGCUCAUAGCUGACCCCAUCAACCGGUUGCGCUCGUUCGAACAUGUAAAGAAAAUGAAGUAUUUUGCCGAGAUCGACUUCGCCAACCUGAGAAGCAUGAGCCCGCCAUUCAUACCGCAACUGGAUAGUGAGACGGAUGCCGGGUACUUUGACGAUUUCACCAACGAGGCAGAUAUGGCCAAGUACGCCGACGUCUUCAAGAGACAAGACAAGCUGAAUGCGAUGGUAGAAGAAUCCUCCAACAGCUCGAAAUUGGUUGGGUUUACGUUUAGACACAGGAAGGGCAAGACUGGUUCUAGUGGAGUUCUGCAUAACGGAUCAGAGCAUGCAGAUCCAUUUGCAACGUUUUAUUGA